CAGCUCCACCGUUGUGAUGUGAGCGGGAGCCUGGUAGGAAGCCACGAGGAUGACCAUGAGGGCGGCCAGGGCGGUGAAGUACAUGACGGUGACAUCCUGCAGGCGGAAUUCUUUGCUCAGGAUCCUCAUGGCCGAAAGACGUACUUUCCAGCCAGAUCAGGACCUGUCACCCAAUCAUCCGCCACGACCCUCCAUGUGACCUGCUUGAUUCAUCUUAUCUCUGAAGGCAGUUGAUGGAGAGCCAUACGAAUGACAGCCGGGACAGUGGUCAUCACCGGUGGAAUUCUUGCUACGGUCAUAUUACUCCUUAUCAUCGCAGUACUGUGCUACUGCAGAUUGCAGUAUUACUGCUGUAAGAAGGAGGAGUCCGAGUCGGAGGAGGAGGAGCCGGACUUUGCCGUCACGUCGCGCCUGCCGCCGGUCCACUCCAACCACAACAUUGUGGCGGCCACGGCCGCCGCCUCGUCCAUUCCCAAUGGCCCCGCCCUCUUCCCCACCCCGCCUCUGGCCCGGAAACUAACCCGCUCGCAGACCUUCUGCCCGUCGUGCACUCACUACGAGCUACCCUUUUACCUGCAGCCCCCCGCCCCCCCGCCGGUCCUCCACCAAGUCGAUGGCUUGAGGAACGGCGGCGAUCGCGUUAGCUACCGCAGCAUGCCGCCACCUCCGCCGCAGCAACCGGACAUGGAACUCCCCGUGCCCGUUAACAUUUCCAACUACCGUAAGCCGCACUUGGCCCGUUCAGUCACCAUGAGGGAAAUGUUCACUCGCAGCUGUAGCAUCAGCACUGACGUUUAGCCCAAAAAAAAAAGACGGCGGUGUUCAAUGUCAUUGUAAUCCCUCUUGUGGUGUCAUCUGUUGUGGUCUGCUUUGGACACUCUCAGGACUCCAUUUGCUAUGUUCAGGUCAAGAAAGUUGAUUUAUUCCAGUUGUGACCUUCUUGGCUUGAUAGCGCUUUUGUAAAAGAUUACAAAAUGUCAUUUAUAUAGUGAGGCCCCCCCUCUUCUGCGGGAUGACGUCACGGUCAGGGAUUUUCUCUCUGCUAUCGUUACGACAAAACAAAGUAAAAUGUGAUUAGGAGCCGUGUUCCCUCUGUCUCCUCGUCCAUGCACAGAUUAUGGAGAUUAUGGAACAUAAUUCAGCGCCUGCGAGACGAGGGUGCCUUGCUUUUUUUUUUUUGCAGAUAGAUUUAACUUUGGCUGUGAUGUCAAAAUGACAUAAAGGGCUGACGGAAGAUAGACAUUUAUUUCCAAUCCCCAUUUUUUUUUUUCCAGUACGCUUGGUAGAUUGAUGUGAAUCUGUCAGUUAUACGCUCACGUGACUGUGAAUGUAUAAUUUCGAUUUAAUCCCUCGACGGGGUUCUCGCAAGAAUUUAGUAGGAAACGUUACAUAAGGUGGCGCUAAAAAAAAUAUUCAUUCAUUGAAAAGUGUAUUUUUAAAUCUGUUAUUGCCAUUAUCUGUACAGGAUGUGGCAGUAGUAUAGAACUUGGUGACAUAGGGCACAAAAUCCCAUUUGCUAACUUUAUAAGGAGUGCAACUUUAGGUAAGGACUUUAGGGCAAGAAACCAUAUUUGAUCAAUUUAGGGGCAAAUCAACCAUGUUUACUUCAUAUAGGCCGUAUAUUGUACACAAUGUUUUAAAGAAAUCAAGUACAGAGCUAAAGAACAAAAAGCUGUUUAAUGCGCAUUUAAUGAUCAUUUUUAAUUAUUUAGGAAAUGUUACUGAAAGCAAAACAUGUACAUUUUCUGGUGGGUAAGAAACCAUGCAAAAAAUAAUAUUUUUGAUGGAAUUCUUCUAGAGAUCCUACUAAAUUCCGGAACGUAGCCAUGUAUUAUUUUUUUUUGCGUUACCCAUGUGCUAAUCGGCAGCAAUAUGUUUUGCAUGUACGGCAAGACAAUUUACCAUAAUUAUUGAUUAUUCCUAAAAAAGAAAAAAAACUCUCCUCUGUUGAAGCUUCAUGGACUCUUCCGGACUUUCUUCUUUCUGUUUUCCUUGAUUUGUCAAUCCAUGGUGAAGUUUAAUCAAGCUUUGAAAGCAUUUCUCUAAAUAUUUUCCAAGCUCCAAAAAGGUGACUUGCUGAGUGGCCUUGUUGGAAGGCUGCCGCCCGCUCGGACUAUGAAGCAGCGGCUUUUGAUUGUCCAUGGUCUUAAUGAAUGGAAUUAAUUAUGGCUUGAUAACAAGAGGAAGUGAAAGCGGACGCGACUACACUUGGACGCCCUUCCCUCUUCAAAUGGAUGCUAUUGCACAUCCUCUUCAUCCUCCCCCCCCUUCCCUCUUUGUUUAUCUAUUACAGGACACGCUCAUUUAUUUUUCCAAAGGAUCAUAGAUGGAGUGAUUGACGUGCUUUCUCGCAACUAUACCGUGAUGCUUUCGCGACGAGACAUUUCCACAGGGAACUUGGUGCCAUAACGAAGAAGACAAACUCUAUUCUUGUUAGUAUUAUUCCGAGAACAAAUAACAUAUUCAAACGCAGUGUUGCUUUUACGUCAAAAGUAUUUGCUCAUGAACAACAGACACAUUUAAUGUCUUUGUUUUUAAAUGGAAACCCGGCUAACAGACACAAUGUUGAUAAUAAAAUGGUGUUAAAGCAUA